AUGGCUCCUAUUUCCACGUUUCUUGUCGGUUUUAUCGGGUAUCUUCUGCUAUCCGUAGGCGCUUCCCCAACGGAGAUUGGAAGUAGAGACCUCAUUGGCGAUGUCAUUAAUGCCAUUGGUCUAGGGCUCGUAACUAAAAUUAAUGCAUACAUCUCGGUUGAAACCUUUGGAAAUAACUUACUUUCGGUGGAUUUUGACAUCAAAAACCCGCUUCUACUGGAACUCACGAUUGAUCGUGUUGUGAGCAAAGCCGGCAUUAACGGGACAGUUUAUGCGAGCUUUGAUCACACAUUCACCACGCCCGUUGUAGUCAAGGCGCUUAACAGUGCAAAUUCCGGCAAAGUUCCAGAUGUUCUGCUCGACCAAGGGGUAGAGAAGUCACUCGAUAUUAUUCCGUUACUAAAAUUGGACUUGAUCUCUACGGAUGUUUAUCUUCGCGCGGCUACUAUCAAAGGAAAGCUUGGUAUUCCUAUACCAAUCAAAGGCCUGAAGCAAAAAGAUAUACCUACUUCUUACCAAUUUGUCUGA